AUGGUACCCCCUUCCCAACGUGGCAGUGGUUAUGGGCAUAUUCUUGCUAAAUCGUAUCUGUACUAUGCACCAGCGUUGGGAUACAAAGCCAGCGUGUUUAACCUAGUGUAUGAUAAUAACACUGCCAGUGUUAAGUUGUGGGAGGCACUAAACUUUACGAAAGCUGGACUUAUACCCAAGGCUGGUCGUCUGAGGCGGAAGGACGGAGAGGGCGAGGAAUAUGUCGAUGCAAUCAUCUUCUAUAAGAGUUUCGAAGAAACAGGACCGGACGCAGACGAUCAGUGA